AUGCGAACACAGCAUCGUGUUUCCUCCGUUCCGGCCCAGCGACCUAGGGAGGCGUUGAAGGUGUCGCAUCGUCCCAGGUGGUUCCGUCCCUGUCCCGGAGUGCCGCCGGAGGUUCGCCGGAGUGUGGGCUGUGAGGUGGACCAAAAAGAGGGGUUUUCCGCACUUCCAAUUGACUUCUGCACUCCUUUGUUGAAGGAAAUGGUUAGACGUUGGGUUAGCCGCAACGAAUCUUUUGUUUUGAAGCAAACAAUGGUACCAUUUACAGUAGGCGAUGUUUGCAUGGGUUUAGGGUUGGGUGUUGGUGGUUUAGAUGUAAAUUUUGAUGAUGACUUUGAUGCUGUUGUUUGUCAUCAAUUUUCGUCAAAGUCAUUCACUGUAAAAGAUGUCAUACAUAGGAUAAAACAUUCAAAGGCAGUUAGUAACAUGCCUUUUAGAGUAUUAGCUAACAUUGAUAAUUUGUACGAAUAUAAUUGGGCAAAAGCUGUGCACACAUUUGUGGUAAAUAGUUUAGGAAAUGCUUCAAGGAAGAUAAGGCAAGGUGACAUAAGGGACCUAGGUCUUAGUGGGAAUGUUGCAGUGUUGCAGCUAUGGGCGGUUGAACGUUUGGGUUUAGCGGACGGUGCACAUGACAUUGUCUUCCCGCGAAUAAUGAAUUGGCGUUCGCUUAAGUUAAGGUGUAACAAAAUAGAGGAAUUGUUUAAACGGAAAGAGAUAUGUUGGGAGUGGUUUUUGCGGGACGAGGACCGUCAAAACUCAAUCAUUUGUGCGGCCCUUCAUUUGGAAGAAGGGUCAAUAGCGGAAGAUGAUGGAGAUGAGUUAGGGUUAAGUUGGGAACAAGUGGUCAUGAAGAAAAUUGAAGACAACCAAAGAAAAAUGGUUGCAAUGGAUAAAGAUUUAAGAAGUUUGGCUACAUUGGUAGGUGUUGGGAAGGAAGAUUAUGAGAAAGGGAAUGAUGGUAAAGAAGAGGAUGGUGAUGUUCAUGGUCAUGGUGGGGCACAUGGGGAAGGGCAAUGUUUUCAAACAUUCACGUAUAGUGAUGUGGGUGGUUGUUGCGAAGGACUGAAGGAUGUCGUUGAGGACGUUAUGGAUAUUGGACCUGUUGUAAGCACUGUGCCACUACAUGAUGACACUGAGGAUGAUAAUUUAUUGAAUGUAAAUCGAACACAGUUGUACAACAUGGUUAUUCCGUUUAAACUUCCUUGGAGGGUUGUUUCUGAAAUUUCCGGUCAAACAUUUGGAACCCAAGAGUGUUAUUCUUUUGGACCUAGGAUGCAGGUUGGCAACACGGGGAUUUUGUUUGCCACAUCAGUGUUCAUGUUCUUUGAAAGAAGGAGUACUGGAGUAGUGAAAAGGAUAUGUUUUAGUCCAUUAUAUGCGUCUAAUAUCAUCGGAUUUGAUGACAUUGUUAAUGCCGAAUUUUUGUUUGUCCCAAUUAUCCAUGACGGCCAUUGGUGGUGCUACGCUGUGAAGAUUCCAUCAUUGGAAAUAUUUGAUUGUGGAGUAAUUGUUUUGAAAAUUAUGGAGUUGUGGGAUGGCAUUGACAAAUAUGAAAGAAAGACAAUGCCCAGUUACACAACUGAAGAACUACAACAAGUUAGGGAGAAUUAUGUAUGUCAAUGGAUUUUGGAUGUGGACAACGUGCGGAGGAAUGAAGUCUUGGAAGAUUUAGGCAUGUUGUAA